AAUGAUCCGAUUCCAAAUCAACUCUUUAGGACUACCAACCGAACCGACUCAACAGGAUUAAUCAAAAUGGCGAAUAUGGACGCAUUGGCCAAAACAAUCGAAAAGGAUUACACGUAUAAUGUGGAGAGCUCUGACAGUGUGGAUGAAAAUGAAUAUGCACGUGGUCCAGAUGAAGCUGGAAAAGCAGAGAACUUGGACUUUGCCACAGUGGAAAGACAGAAGAGAAGAAAACACAAACAUCGAAGCAAACACAGAAAACAUAAACAUCCAUCACCAGAUGAUAGGGAUCACAAACACAAGCACAAACAUAAGCGAAAACACAGAGACUCAUUCAGGAACGAUAGAGACUUUUCCACAAGCUAUGAUAGUGGAAUCAUCUCUCCAAAGAAAUCCAGACUCGAUGAUCUGGUCGCUUUAGAGGAUCUAGAGAAACAAAGGGCUUUGAUUCAAGCAGAACUUGAUAAUGAAUUGAUGGAAGGUGCUGUGCAAUCCGGUAUGGGAUUGAUUUUGCAGGGUUAUAACUCAGACUCAGAUAAUGAGAUCAAGGACUCUGUGCAGAACUGUGAGCAGGAUCUCAAUGAGCAUGUCAUUUCCAAGGAGCGUGGAGACCAUCAGAUAACAAGGGAUCCCAAAAGAUCCCAAAAAGAUCUCUCAGAUGAAGCUAAAGUUGUUUUCUGGCGAGGAGACGGAAGAACGUCUGGUGAGAUGGCAAUCCAGGAUCAAAAGUAUGAAAAACAAUCAAGUAAAACUGGGUUAGAUAUUUGGGGUCCCAGCCAAUCGAGGGAGAGAAGACGAUCGCGGAGCAUCGAGAGAUCAAAAGAUGGAGGUCAAAGGAGAAGGUCAUCAAAGCCGGACACAGAAAUGGAGCGAAAAACUACCAACGCUAAAAGACUCCCUUCACCAUCGAACGCACAGCAAGAUCAGCAAAUUGUUGAACACCGAAUCCCCAAAUCCCCAGAAAGGAGGAGCAAAUCAAGAUCUAAAGAGAGAAACACAAACCUGGCAGAAGUUGACAAAGACACAGAUAGAGAAAAGAAACCGGUUAAAACAGCCUCAAAAGAAAAUUCAUCUGGAAAAGAAAAUCGAUCGCCCAUCAGAAAGCAAGUUUCAGAACAGCACAGCCCCGGUGUGCAUGCAAAGGGCCGCCGUUCCCCUGAACAUAGCACAGAGACAGCAUCCAGGCAAGACAGAUCUUCAUAUCCCAACAGAUCCCCUUCCAGGAGAGGUCGAUCUCGAUCUGCAGAAAGGAAAUGGAGAGAAGCUGACCGUCCGAGACUUUCCAAUGACAGAAUGCGAUUUCGUGAUGAGGCAGGAGGCCGUAGAGAGGAAAGCCCAUCUCUGAGCUCCAGGCGGAGAAUAAACCAUUCACCUCUCAGACGUAGGUCCCGUUCUCCCAGGAGACGCACCAGCAGGUCUCCUAUCAGACACAGAUCCAGGGAGUGGGACAGGGCGGAUCACAGACAGCAGUUACGUUCUGGAUCACAAGAACGGCGGAGGAGACGAAACAAGGAAAGAGAAGACAUGUUUAAGGGAAGUCUGUCUGAAGGCAUGAAGGCCGAGCAGGAAGACUCGGAUGAUGAAGUGCUGGAAGACUAUGAUAUUGAUGAAGAAGAUGAGGAGGCUUUGAUAGAGCAGAGGAGACUUCAGCGAUUGGCUAUUGUGCAGAAAUAUAAGUCGGUGAAUGAAGACAGUAACAUGUCAGGGCUCUCAGAGCAUGGCAGUCCUCAGAGUAGCAGACAGAGCCGAUCUCCUUCCCCGGAUGACAUCCUCGAGCGCGUGGCUGCUGAUGUUAAAGCCUACGAGCAAGAGAACCUGGACACGUUUGAGGACAAUAUGAAGGCCAAGCAUAACCUUCUCUCUCAAGAAAAGGAUGGUGCUAAUCUGAAAAAGCCACAAGCCCCUGAUAUGUUCACGGAGUCGGAUGACAUGUUCACCGCGCACUUUGACAGUGCCAGGUUACGCUCAGCAGGCGUUGGCAAGGACUUUAAGGAGAACCCAAGUCUCAAAGAUAACUGGACGGAUGCAGAGGGCUAUUACCGUGUGAACAUUGGCGAGGUGUUGGACAAGCGGUACGGGGUAUACGGCUACACAGGACAAGGUGUCUUCAGCAACGUGAUCCGAGCCAGAGACCUGGGCCGAGCCAAUCAGGAAGUGGCAAUAAAAAUAAUACGAAACAAUGAGAUGAUGCAAAAAACGGGCCUUAAAGAGCUGGAGUUUCUCAGGAAACUGAAUGAUGCAGAUGCAGAUGAUAAGUUUCAUUGUUUGAGGCUCUAUAGACACUUUUACCACAAGCAACAUCUGUGUCUGGUGUUUGAACCUCUCAGCAUGAACCUGCGGGAGGUGUUAAGGAAGUACGGCAAGGAUGUGGGACUUCACAUCAAGGCCGUGCGCUCUUACAGCCAGCAGCUUUUCUUGGCCCUCAAACUCCUGAAGCGAUGCAACAUACUGCAUGCUGACAUCAAACCCGACAACAUCCUGGUGAAUGAGUCUAAAACCAUUCUGAAACUAUGUGACUUUGGCUCAGCAUCACACGUUGCUGAUAAUGACAUAACACCGUAUCUGGUCAGCCGCUUUUAUAGGGCGCCUGAGAUCAUCAUCGGAAAGUCAUACGAUUAUGGAAUUGAUAUGUGGUCCGUGGGCUGCACUCUCUACGAGCUAUACACAGGAAAAAUCCUUUUUCCCGGAAAGACCAAUAAUCACAUGCUAAAGCUUGCCAUGGACCUGAAAGGGAAAUUGCCUAAUAAAAUGAUCAGGAAAGGUAUGUGCAAGGACCAGCACUUUGACCAAAACUUGAACUUUUUGUACACAGAGGUUGAUAAGGUCACUGAGAGGGAAAAGGUCACAGUCAUGAGCACCAUUAACCCCACUAAGGACCUGCUGAGGGACAUGGUGGGUCGCCAGGCACUGCCAGAGGACCAACGAAAGAAGGUCAUUCAGCUCAAAGAGCUGUUGGACCAGAUCCUAAUGCUGGACCCGGCCAAGCGGAUCACCAUCAACCAGGCAUUACAGCACUCAUUCAUCCAAGAGAGGAUAUUGUAAACAUACGUCAGAGGGACUGCCAGCACGUGAUGGUUUAUAUCUGUUAUGUAUCAUCAGAUAUCAUGAGUUAGUGUAUGACUCGGUCAACAAAAGACACCUGAAUGUUUUACCGGCUGUAGCGGCGUUUGAUAAAAUUUCUAGUUUUUUCAGAAAAGGACACUCUUCAAGUUUUAAUUUAUUUUAUAGAUUACCCUAAGAGAUACCAUAAAAGCUGUAAACGGAAAAUAUAAUCUAUAUUGUUCAGAUUGCAUGCAAAUACACCGCUGUAUUUGGGAACAGCAGUUAAAAUGUUAAUUAUCGUUAAUAUUACGGUGAAGGUGCAGAAUGUAAAUGUGCUAGGUUUAAUAUUCUAGUCACUGUCGACCAAAUGUCACCAAGGACUUAUACAGUUGAGAGUAUUAGGCCAGCAUAAAUGCUGUCUAUAUCCACCCUCCCUCAGGUGUGAGAAGGUAACCUGGCGCGCAGGUCCACGUCAUACCCUUGCCACAGGUGUGUUUCUGCUGAACCUGAGGUCUUGGGUCCUGCUUGACCUGGUCUGCAGGGAAAAGCUCUUCUGUAAAGGCAGGUUGUGCAUCUCUAUGAGUACACUGAAGGUAAGCUUACCCCUCCGAACCAAUCGGCUUAAAGUUUCUGCACAUUUACAUAAGGGGAAUUGGAUAAAUUGAAAUGCAUUGAAACUCUUUGUCACCCUGUGUGCAGAGACAAGUCAGACUCCCUUGGGCAAACCGGUUAUGGUUGACAUUAAGGGUAAGGGUGAAGGAAAAUCCAAAUAUUGGUCAAGCACCUUCAGUGUACUGCAUCUGCUAGACAUGCUACUCCUUUUUUUUUUAUAUAUAUAUACAUAUAUAUAACAUUGUGUUUCCAAACUCAUAAGCAUCAUAGUUGGGGGUUUUUGUAAUGCCUAUCGAGUGUUUUUUGAACAUGCAUGCAUGAGAAUAUGUAAUAUGUAUGGCUUUCCAAUGCACUACUGUACAAACCCUGCGGUGUUACGCUAUACAAAAUAGGAAAUUUAGAUGUUUUUUGUAAUUGUUCUUAUGUUUGUGAUCAUGUUGUCUUUUGAUACAGGGGUUUUCCUGCUCCGAUCUAUGAAUCUGCUUGUUUUAAGCGGUAAUUUGCUUCUUUACUUCAUCAUUUUGUUUCAUAUUUCAAAAACAUACACGCUGGAAGAAUUUACUGCCUGUUUUGCAAUGUCCGUCCUAUACAAUAAAAUAUACAAUAAAGAUGUUCUGUGGUGGAAAACAAAGAGAUAUCCAGAAAAUCUGAUUUUAGACCUUCCACAAGUCUGUUUUUCAUACAUUUUAUACAAGUUAUUCGUAAUGAUACUGCGUCUUAUAACGGGUGACUUUAUCAACACUAACUGCUGUUUGUGCUGUUUUUCCCAUUGUUCUUUGUGUUCGAGUAUAAUCUCUGGCCAAUGGAGACACAGCCUCCUGCCGUCCUCCGCUUUCAAUGGAACAAGACAUCUUCAAGGUCACUCCUAAAGGCAUGUUUAGCUCUAACACAAAGCUGAUGCUCUGAUGUAGAAGAUAACAGCCAGAUAGCUAAGUAGUUAAGUUUGAUAUAACUACAAUAUGUUUGUAGUAGUUUUUAUGAUUUGGUUUGCCAGUUUAAGUCCAGUUUGUCUGGUCAGAUUUCACAGAAAAACUUCAUGAAAACCACACAUCGUUGAUUUUGUCCUUUGGAAUGACCCACAUAGGUUUAUUGUGGGAAAAACUGUGUAUUCAAAACAAAAAAUUCCCCAGAAUGUUGCUGUACCAAGAUACUGGUGUAUUUAUUUUCUGUAUUUUAGGUGCUGUCCAUUAGAGAAGAUUCUUUAAGGAAAUCCCAUCCAGAAAAAGGUUUCUGUUUUAGAAAGCGCUUUAAACUUGGAAGUUUUUAUUUUAAAGUUCUUUCUCUUAUCGAGUGCUGCAGGGAUGACGUAUUUUUGCAGGCUAACCCGGAAGUUAGCAGCACACUGGUUCCCUUGCAAAAAAGCCCAUUCAUUUUGGACUUUUGGAUUACCACAAAAACUAAGCUCUGUUUAACAAAAGACACUUGCACAUUUUGUCUAACAAGGUAAUCUUCACAGAUGAAUACAAAUUUUAUGAAUUUUGAAGUGUAAAUGCAUUUAAAAUUCAUAAAAGUUAUGUUCAUCUGUGAAGACUAACUUGUUGGACAAAACAUGUAAAACGUUUGUUAAAUACAAAGUUUAUAUUUUUUUCGAUAAUCCAAAAGUCUAUGGGAAAAAUGAAUGGAAACCUUUUUUGCAUGGAAACCAGUAUCCCGCUAAUAUCCGGGUUACCCAACAAAAAUACGUCAUCCCUGUGGCAGUCUUUAUAAAGUUUGAUUUGAGUGACUGGUUCUGAUAUGUUUGCCGUUUAAUGUAAAAGAAAUAGUUCACCUCAAAAUCCCCAUAUUUUCCUCACCCUCAGAUGGUUUCAUUAGAUGCAUGUGCAUUGUCACAGCUUUGGCUUGAGUUAUACUAAAUAAUAUCCUGGUUCCUUUCACCUUUAUAAUGGCAUUGGAUAGUGCCCCAACUCCAAAAAGGUCUUUCCAUACAGUUAUUAAAUGUCUUUUGAAGUAAAGGGAUGGGAUUUUGUAAUGUUAGGUCAGUGAUCAUUCUCCACCUUUUGUGACCACACGUACAGGUGUAUUUUGUAAAGUUGGACAUAUAAAUGAGGAGCUCAGAUGCAAGCCGCUAACACCGCCUCCAUCAAAAAUGCGAUGAUGAUGAUAUUUACUGAAUGCACUUGGCACAUAUAACACGGCCAUCAAAUACUUUACCUUCAAAAUCACUUAAUCCAAACCUCAGACCAUUCAGAAAUACUGGUUUGUUGGGAGAUUCCAUUGAGUCUGAUAAAAUAAAUGCUUGUUUACAAGAAAUCAUGUUAGAUGCACUUAAAGGGUUUAUCAUCUGAGCUCUUCAAAUGUUUCCUUAAAAACCCAUCACUUUACCAUAGAAGACAGUUAAUAACUGUAUGCAUUGUUUUUUUUUAAUGGAUGGAUGUGUUUUGUGGAGCUUUUAAAAUGGGGCACUAUCCAAAACCAUUAUAAAUCUGAAAAGAUCCAAGAUAUUAACAGAACUCUGACCAUGUUUGACUGAAAGAAGGAAGUCAUAUACACCUAGGAUGGCUUGAGGGUGGGCUAAUUUUCAUUUUGGGGUGAACUAUUACUUAAAGCAAAC